CGCUCCUCUCCACAGCCAGCUGGUCAACCCCAGACCCCAAAGUGGGUUUUCAAUUAUGGAGAAAAACCCAAUUAUUUGACUAUGACAAGCGAAAAAUCCAUUUUCUACAACUACUGCAAUGCAGGCAACAAAUUCAAUUUACUGGAUAGAAUAAAACCCUUUGCAUCUUUAAAUGAUUAAACCGUUUUACCUUCCUUCCCCCUUUCAUUCAAAUUUGGUGAAUUUUCCCUCAGUAUCAAUUAUUUCUUCGUAACGGUAAAUCCGCACCAUGGACAAAGAUACGACGCCUCCGUAUCUCAGUUUAUUUGCUGCAUUAUCAUAUGGAAUUGCAUCAAUGGCCAUGGUUUUCAUAAACAAAGCAGUUGUCAUGGAGUAUGCAUUUUCCAUGACUCUCCUUACCUUACAGCAAAUGGCAACUGCAUUGCUUAUACACUUUGGAAGAAUAAUGGGAUGGACAAGAGCCAAACCACUAAAUGUUGAGACUGCAAAAAAGCUUAUACUGGUUUCACUAUUUUACAAUGGAAACGUGGCUUUUGCUUUGGCAAGUUUGAAAGGAGUCAAUAUUCCAAUGUAUAUUGCUAUAAAACGACUUACGCCUCUAGCUGUAUUAAUCGCUGGACUUUUUUAUAAAAAGGGGAAACACUCAAAACAGGUAAUUCUUUCAGUAUCGCUAACUGCUGCAGGGGUAAUGAUUGCUGCACUUGGAGAUUUUUCUUUCGACUUGUUUGGAUAUAUCAUGGCUCUUAUUUCUGUCUUCUUCCAGACAAUGUACCUGGUUUUGGUAGAGAGGUCUGGUGCAGAAGAUGGUCUUUCAUCAAUUGAAAUCAUGUUUUACAACAGCCUUCUUUCCUUGCCAUUCUUGGCGUUUCUCAUAAUAGUUACUGGAGAAUUCCCAAGUUCAAUCUCAUUAUUAUAUGCAAAGAGUGCUUCCUUGUAUUUUUUGGUGAUGUUUGUUCUUUCCCUAGUGAUGGGCAUAAUCUUGAACUACACCAUGUUUUUAUGUACAAUUGUCAAUUCUGCCCUUACUACAACCAUUGUGGGGGUCCUCAAGGGCGUCGGAUCCACAACACUUGGGUUCUUCUUACUGGGAGGAGUUCAAGUACACUUUCUGAAUGUGAGUGGAUUGGUGAUCAACACUCUCGGUGGUUUGUGGUAUUCACUUGCCAAAUAUCAAGACAAGUUGAGGAAAACCACACUUCCAAGAUAAACCGAAAAGCUCCAUAUCAACAAACUUAGGCUCCAUUUUUCUUUUUUUGUAAGUGGAAAUCAAGUUCAUUAUAUACACUAGAGAUUUUUGUAAGGAUAGUUAAAUUCACAUGUUUUGUAAAAAGGUUAUUUCAUCUAGCAACCACCCAUGAGUUAAGUUGGCAUGCUAGGUGGUUGACAUAAAAGAAAAUAGUUUGUUUCUUAUGCAUACGCUUUAUUCCAGUGUGGAAAUGUGA